AUGUCAUCAAUUUAUUCAGAAUCACAAACACUACCAAGUUGGUAUAAGGAUAUACCAGAAGAUUUCAGACGAAUUUAUAUAUCAAAUUUAGAUGCUUUCGUGUUUCAUAACACAGGCGGUAAACCUAUAAAAACCCCAAAUUUGGAACCAUUAGAAACAAACUUGAAACAAAUAGCAAAUAACUUGGAAUUAUUAUUUGAUGAAGAUUAUAAACUAGGUGACGAAGUAAUGAAAACACUUACAACCAAAAUACAUAAUGCUCAAUUUGCUGAUCAACUUGAAGAAAAUAUAAGUUUUGAUGAAAUUGAAUUGAAAAAUCAGAGUCAAGUUAUUUAUUAG